AAACAAUUCACCGUAUAGAGUUAUUGACCUUGUCUUGGAGCCGCGACUGCUCGGUGUCUAACUGAUUGUGCAGACAGAGCGGAGGAAAGCAUUAGAGAACCCAGAACACCAGAGGGCCACUCUGUUUCUUGUCCAUUCUACGAAUCCACCAAUAUAUGAUUGACGAGAGACUCACCCGAAAUUAUCAAUUAUGCGCAUGCACUGAACACAUCGCCACGCGGACGCAGAAUUGAGGAUUGCUGCCAUUAUGGCUAAUCUAGCGCCUCUGGCACAAUUGCUGGAUGCCAGCCUUGAUCCCCGACAAAAUAAAGAAGCCGAGCUCAAGAUCCGCGCUGAAGAGAAAAAGCCUGGCUUUGCCCUUUCCCUCCUCCAGAUCACGGCCUCAAGUGACUUCCAAUACAACACCCGACUCGCCAGUGCUCUCUUUUUCAAGAACUUCAUAAAGAGGAAUUGGACCGACGUCGAGGGCAAUUACAAACUCCCUCAGCAGGAUGUCACUUCAAUCAAAACCGAGAUUGUGGGGCUUAUGAUAUCGGUGCCCAGAGGAAUACAAACACAACUUGGGGAAGCCAUCAGCGUAAUAGCGGACAGUGACUUCUGGGAGCGCUGGGACACUCUCGUUGAUGACCUCGUAUCGCGGUUGAAGCCCGACAACCCUGUGGUCAAUGCUGGAGUGCUACAAGUUGCUCAUUCGAUCUUUGCGAGAUGGCGACCACUGUACGAGUCGGACGAGCUGUUCACCGAGAUCAAUCACGUUCUCGGAAAGCUCUCUCAACCAUUUCUUUCUUUGUGGCAGAGCUUGGAUGCUUACAUUGACAGUCAUAGCAAUGACAAGCAAGCUUUGCAGAACGCAUUUGCAGAGCUCGACCUGGUCCUACUGCUGUUCUACGAUCUGUCAUGCCAGGAUAUGCCUCCGGUGUUCGAGGACAAUCUGCAGGGUAUUAGCGCACUACUUCUGAAAUAUCUGACGUACAACAACGAGCUGCUGCAGACAGACGACGAAUCUGAGCCCGGCCCUCUUGAAAACACUAAGGCCAACAUCUUCGAAGCAUUGACAUUGUACAUGGGCAAAUACUAUGAGGACUUUGGCAGACAUGUAACAGGCUUUGUGGAGAGCUCGUGGCAUCUUCUUACAACAACUGGACCCGAACCCAAGAAUGAUAUUCUUGUCAGUAAGGCUCUCCACUUCCUGACCUCUGUCGCAGGAAACAGAGCGCAGGUGCAGAGUUUCAGUGACCCCAACGUCCAGACGCAGAUUGUUGAGAAGGUCAUUCUCCCGAAUGUGGCGCUCAGGGAUUCGGAUGUCGAGAUGUUCGAGGAUGAGCCGAUUGAGUUCAUUCGACGAGAUCUGGAGGGUUCGGACAGUGAAACCCGCCGAAGAGCGGCAGGCGAUUUUCUGCGGCAAUUGAGCGAUCAAUUCGAGCAAUCUGUAACGCAGAUUGCCACGGCAUUGAUCCAACAGUGCUUACAAGAUUUUUCAAGCAAUCCCUCGGAGAAUUGGAGGUCGAAAGAUACGGCAGUCAGUUUGUUCUAUGCGCUGGCAUCCAAGGGAGCUACAACUUCAACGCAUGGAGUCACCAAGACCAACAGUCUGGUGGAUAUUGGUGAUUUCUUUUCCACGAAUCUCGCAAGCGACUUGCAGAACGGGGACGCUCAGCCGCUCAUCAAAGUCGAUGCCAUCAAGUAUCUGUACGUCUUUCGAAGCAUCAUCACAAAAGAGCAAUGGCAACAAGUCAUGCCGUUACUGGUCAAUCACCUUGGAAACUCGAAUUAUUGUGUCUACACAUACGCAGCUGUCGCGGUGGAAAGAGUGCUGGCCAUGACAGACGAGACAGGAAAACCUGUCAUCGACCCAGCCAGUAUUGCACCACUUGCCAGCGAUCUCCUCGAACACUUGUUCAGUCUAGUCGAGAAGGAUCGUGCACCAGAGAAGGUACAGGAGAACGAAUUCGUCAUGCGCUGCAUAAUGAGAGUAUUAAUUAUUCUCAGAGAGGGUGUCAGUACAGUGGCCGAAAGUGUUCUCCAACACCUCACCACGAUCACAACCAUCAUAGCCGCAAACCCCAGCAAUCCCAAGUUCUACUAUUACCACUUUGAGAGCAUUGGAGCUCUUAUCCGCUUCACACCAGCAGCACAAUCCGAAGCACUCGGAUCUGUCCUAUUCAGCCCAUUCGCUGCAAUUCUCUCCAAUCAGGUUGAAGAGUUCAUUCCUUAUGUGUUCCAACUCCUGGCAGCCUUGCUAGAGGCUGAACCUACGAAGCCUCUACCGGACCAGUACAAGCCUCUCAUCGCGCCCAUCCUUGGCCCUGCGCUAUGGGAGCAGCGUGGUAACGUCCCUGGUUUGGCACGACUACUGUCUGCGAUCGUUCCGCGGGCUGCUGAUGAGUUGAUGAGCGCCAACCAAGUUGGUCUUGUUCUGGGAAUAUUUCAAAAGCUUGUUUCAACAAAGGUCUUUGAGGGCUACGGCUUCGACCUUCUUGAAACGGUCGUCAGCACUUUCCCGGGCCCCGCACUCGACCAGUAUUGGCUCCAAAUCAUCAAUAUCAUGCUCACACGGUUGCAGAAGGGGCAAUCACAAGCCUUCCAGCUACGAUUUGUCCGUUUCUAUCAUUUCGUUUCCUCUCGUGACGACAAGGGUCUGGGUGCAGAUUUCUUCGUUGCUGCCACUGAUCGAGUGCAGCACGAUGUGUUCCGCCAGCUGUACACUGGAAUCAUCUUGCCGAAGACGCAAGAGCUGGCUCGGCCGCUCGAUCGAAAGGUUGCUGCGAUAUCUUUGACAAAGACAUUGGCUGAUUCCCAAGCAUUUGUCGACCGCUAUCCGAAGGGAUGGCCGCUGACCUGUAACGCACUGCUGAAGCUGUUGGAAGAUCCGCCUCUGCCGCCAACAGAGGCCGAUGUUGUCGCAGAGCUCGAUGUGGAAGACAGCAGCUUUGGUGUUGGCUUCACGCAGCUCAAUACUGUGAGACGACCUACCGUUGAUCCUUUCGCUGAAGUGACCGAUUUAAGGAAGUGGGUUGGACAAUACCUGAAAGCGGCGGAUCAAAGACAUGGAGGCAGGAUAGGCAGAGUGGUGAAUGAGGGCUUGAGCCCGGAUGCGAAGAAAGUCCUGAGUGCUUAUAUGAUGUUGUGAUGUGAGUUGGGCGGGCUAGGAAACGAUGAGAAGUAAGGGGCCCGUCAUGGUUCGGGCUUGCCGACAUGAAGUGAGCUGGAAUGCAGGAAGUUUAGCGAUCACCAAAAGCCAAGGUAUGUAUAAUUGGAGACAUAGAGAAAAGAAGAUUUGAUCCCCG